ACAUUACCAAAAUAAUUUGUACACCCUUUUAACACAUUAACUUUCCUUCCUACUCUUAUUUCCCAUCUAGCUUCCAUUAAUUUUAGCAUUACAACCACUACUAUAACGUUUUCUAACGAUGGUCAAAUCAAACACCGCCAUUGUGGUCGUCGCCAUGUUGGUGGGGGUCAUUUUUGCUGGGUUUCCAUGUUUUGAAGCCCAGUCCCCUAUGGCAGCACCAGUGAUGUCACCUGGGGUGCCAAUAGCGAUGGCACCCACUACUGAUUGUGUUACUGCGUUGACAAAUGUGUCAGACUGUUUGACCUUUGUUCAGGUUGGAAGUAACAUGACUGCUCCAGACAAAGCCUGUUGUCCGGAGUUUGCAGGGUUGCUAGAAAGCAACCCGAUGUGCUUGUGUCAGCUAGUUGGACAAGCCGAAAGCUUUGGAGUAGAUAUCGGUAGAGCGCUCAUGCUUCCUGAUGCUUGUAAAGUCGAAAUUCCUUCACUUGAUGCUUGCCCAGCACCCCCAGUAUCAGCACCCACACCUGCUGGCUCGGAAAGUGAAGCACCUGGACCUGCCGGAUCAACAGCAGCUGGUCCGACCGACGAAUCAGCGGCUAUGACUCCUGCAGGUAAUAGUGGUAGCAAUGGAGCUUCCAGCACGACAGUUCAUGAUAUUUCGACUUUCAUUUGCUUGGCAGUUGCUAUCUUCAUAGCAUAUUACUUUUAAUUUAAUUUAAUUAUUCUCUUCCACUAUAGACAUCUCAUGAUCCUUCACAUUUUGAUUAUAGUAUAUGUAAAAUUAUUUAAUUCACACAUUUGAUGCUUGAAAUGUACCAGAUCAAUAAUUAUAUGCAGUGAGUUUAUCUAUUUUUAUUAGCA